AAAUGGAAAAGCUUCGUUGUGGAAACAAAUGGAAAAGCCGAGCUUUUACAUUCCCACGAUGACCAACAACCUGAGGGCCAAAUUAGUAAAUGUACUGUACAACGUAAGGAAAAGUCCGUCAAAUCACUGUUACCAGUUGGGGUGGCGGGAAUGGCAUCGGCAUAAGUGUUAAGUUAUAAUUUAUUGAUAGGUUGAAUUUAUCGUUCGGUUUGAUUCGAAAAACAAGUUGAGUACAAACUCUUAAUCUCUAUAUAUGACACAAAACCCACACCUUUAUCUAUAAAAAUCCAACCCAAAAUCUUCUCUCUCUCUCUCUCUCUCUCUCUCUCUCUCUCUCUCUCUCUGCGUUGUCCAUGGCUACGACUCCUGCUUCCCAAGCCAGCCUCCUCCUCCAAAAGCAACUCAAAGAUCUCUGCAAAAACCCAGUUGAUGGAUUCUCAGCCGGUUUGGUGAACGAAGCCAACAUCUUCGAAUGGAGUGUCACGAUUAUUGGCCCACCCGAUACUUUCUAUGAGGGCGGUUUCUUUAAUGCCAUCAUGAGUUUCCCCGAGGAUUAUCCGUGCAACCCUCCUGUCGUGAGAUUUACCUCAGAGAUGUGGCACCCCAAUGUUUACGCCGAUGGAAAGGUUUGUAUUUCAAUUCUUCAUCCCCCUGGUGACGAUCCAAAUGGCUACGAGCUUGCAACUGAGCGCUGGAAUCCAGUCCAUACAGUUGAGAGCAUUGUUUUGAGUAUAAUCUCAAUGCUUUCAAGUCCUAAUGAUGAAUCUCCUGCGAAUGUCGAUGCUGCAUUCAAUGUUAAUUACGCGUGCUUGCAGAAACAAUGGAGAGAAAGUAGGGAGGAGUUCCGGAAGAGAGUAGGGCGGUGUGUCAGAAAGUCUCAAGAAAUGUUAUGAGUUCAUUACAUAAACAGAUAGAUAUCAUGCAGCCAGAUAUACUUCUGUUUGUUCUGUUUGAGGAAAUGGAGCUGUUUGCAACAAGACCGUGCUUGCGUCCGAUGAAACUGCUGUUGCUAGCAACUGGGUUCAGGUUCCGUCUUUGAGGGUCUGUUUUUGGUUUUUGUGUUUGUUUUUGUUUGAGUAAACUGCCGAUUUGCCCCCUAAACUAUCACCUAACUUUUGAUUUGCCUCAUGAACAUUUUAAUUGGAAAAUUAAGGACUUAAAACUAAUUUUUUUGGCCGAUUUGCCUCCUGCUGUUAAUUUUUCAUUCAUUCCAUCCAAAUUUCUGUUAAAUAGAAGCAUGUGCACAACAUGUAAGGGUAGUUCGGUCGCUUCAUUCUUUAAAAUAAUUGAAAACCUUAGAUUUCGAAAAUAUAAACCUAUGCAAAUAUGUGUGCUUCUAUAGCUUUUGUGUCUAAAGGUCUAGCGAAGUGAUGCUUUUGUCCACAAAGGAGAGUCACGUGGUGUACAUAUGAUACGAGUUAACGUUAAUUUGGAUGAAAUAUAUGAAAAAUUAACAGUAGAGGGGAAAUCGGCCAAAAAAAAAAAAGUUUAAAUCCUUAAUUUUCUAAUUAAAAAGUUCAGGGGGGAAAUUGAAAGUCAAGUGAUCGUUCAAGGGCAAAUUAGCAAUUUAGUCUUUUUGUUUUUGUUUUGGAAGUCUCAAACUGUUUGUUACAUUUACAUAUUUUCCGGUAGGAAAAAAAAGUAACUUUGUUUGGAAAGCCAAUAUGAAAUCAUGAUUGAGAUUGAAUGAACAAGUGAACGGUUUUCAAUGUGAGUUUUGGAA